AAGAAGUUUCACAAGAAGUGUCGAGAGCAUCUAGCACAAUGAAGUCCUUCAUCAGAGUUUUACUCUCUUGCCUUUCAUUUCUGCUGGUGGAUUUCUCCGACUGCUAUAAUGUUAUUUAUCCAUCACAGAUUUUAGCCCAGAGUUACGCACAGAGAAGAAAUGAUGCUAAUCCAGCCAACGCCAGACCACCACUAAGGACGCUUAGUCCAGCAGUAGACAGCAGUAUAUAUAGGUUAAACGGAGAGCAGUAUCUUCACAAAGACCAGCCGAAGGUUUUGUCUCAACUGGUAAACUAUCCUGGACGCAAGAGCCUUUCACUAGCCAAAGCUAAAGACUGGCAAAAAGACUUAUCAUCAACACAGAUAAUACUGUCUCCGUUACACGAGAACCCCCAGCUGAGGCGUGAAUGGGCAGCGGUACUUUGCCGCAAAGUGGCAGCUCCUGACGGAUCUCUUACAGGACAUGUUGAGGUCGAGGAAGAAUCGCUUGCAGGUCAAGAAACACUUCAAGUAGUUCCAGCUCUUUCGACUACAGUUCAAUCGUUUGUAAUUCCAGAAUUACCACCUGCCAGUUUGGACAGGUCACAUGCCAAGGAGGGACAAUCACGAGAAGUCCCAGAACAACCACUUGUAGUUCCAGGACUUUCAAGUCCAGGUCCAGAAAUUUCAUUUACAGAUUCUUCACAGGAAGGUCCAGAGCAGUCACUUGCGGGUCAGGGGCAAUCUCGUAAACUUCCAGAACAGUCUCUUGUACUUUCAGGUCUUUCGGUUACAAACCCAGAGCAGACGCUCUUAGUUCCAGAACGGUUACCUGAACAUCCAGAACAAUCCGCAGAACAUUUACAAAUUCCAACAGGUAAUCCAGUGACACCUUUCCAACCAACAUCUCCUCCUGCACACCAGUGGACCUGGAUAACCUCAGCAUUGCGGCCAAAUCUCUCACUUACAAAGUCCACUCUGGCGCCACAACUAUUCCGUGAAGCCACCUCAUCACAGUCCGUGCCAGCGUCCACUCUGGCACCACAGCUGUAUCCUAAAACAACCUCAGCACUCAGUUCAGGGAGGACAGCUACAGAUUCUCACUGUAGGAGCCGCCCGCUGGACCUCGUCUUUAUCAUAGACAGCUCUCGCAGUGUGCGUCCAGGUGAGUUUGAGAAGGUUAAGGUCUUCCUUGCGGCCAUGGUUGACACUCUGGACAUCGGAGCUGAUGCCACCCGGGUCGCCGUGGUGAACUACGCCAGCACCGUCAAAAUCGAGUUCCUCCUCAAAGACCAUCUGAAAAAAGAAAGCAUGAAGCAAGCGAUCAGUGUUAUCGAACCUCUGGCUGCUGGGACCAUGACCGGUCUGGCCAUCAAGAAAGCCAUGGAAGAGGCCUUCACCGAGCAGUCGGGAGCACGGCCGAAAUCACAGAAGAUCGCCAAGGUGGCCAUCAUCGUCACGGACGGGCGUCCUCAGGAUCAGGUGGAAGAGGUGUCCGCUGCAGCCCGAGCCUCAGGGAUCGAGAUCUACGCGGUGGGCGUGGACCGGGCCGACAAGCAGUCGCUCAGGCUCAUGGCCAGCCAUCCACUAGAAGACCACGUGUUCUAUGUAGAGACCUACGGCGUCAUCGAGAAGCUCACAUCCAAGUUCAGGGAGACUCUGUGUGGUGUACCACCAUGCAAAAUGGGACACAGCUGUCAACACAUCUGUGUUGGAAACGGCACAUCCUAUUACUGCAAGUGUCAUCCUGGCUAUGUCUUAAACGAAGACAAGAGGACAUGCUCUGUUAACAGGGACAGUGUCCGUGAUAGUCACACCGAUGGUGCAGGCAAUGGACGUAAUGAUGAUAAUGAUGACAAUGAUGGUGAAAGUAGUGCCAGUAUCGAUGCUUGUGCACUGGGUCAUGACUGUCAGCACACUUGUGUGAGCAGUAGCUCUUCCUAUUACUGCACCUGUCUCCCAGGCUUUGUCUUGAUGCAGGACAAAAAAUCUUGUUUCAAGGCCAAUGCUGGUGGUGGUGAUGAUAAUGAUGAUGAUGAUGAUGAUGAUGACGGUAGUGCCAGUCUGGGCCAGUGUGGGAUCGGACAUGACUGUGAGCACAUUUGUGUCAACAGUGAUAGCUCGUAUCACUGUAAAUGCCGGAGAGGUUUUGUCUUAAAUGAAGACAAGAAAACUUGCUCACGUUUGGACCAGUGUGAGAUGGGACAUGACUGUGAGCACAGUUGUAUCAGUAGUGAUGACUCGUAUCACUGUGAAUGUCAGAAGGGAUUUGUCUUGAAUGAAGACAAGAAAACAUGUUCACGUCUGGACCAGUGUGGGAUGGGACAUGACUGUGAGCACAUUUGUGUUAGCAGUGAUAGCUCCUAUCACUGUGAAUGCUGGAGGGACUUUGUCUUGAAUGACGACAAGAAAACUUGUUCACGUCUGGACCAGUGUGGGGUAGGACAUGACUGUGAGCACAUUUGUGUCACCAGUGAUGGCUCGUAUCACUGCAAAUGCCCGAGGGGGUUUGUCUUGAAUGAAGACAAGAAAACUUGUUCACGUCAGGACCAGUGUGGGAUGGGGCAUGGCUGUGAGCACAUUUGUAUUAACAAUGAUAACUCGCAUCACUGUGAAUGCAGGGCGGGGUUUGUCUUGAAUGAAGACAAGAAAACCUGUUCACGUCUGGACGAGUGUGGGAUGGGACAUGACUGUGAGCACAUUUGUGUCAGCAGUAAUGAAUCCUAUCAGUGUGAAUGCUGGAGAGGUUUUACCUUAAACGGAGACAAGAAAACCUGCUCACAUGAAGAAAUGAAGGUGGAGAUUGUUCAAGAUCCGUGUCACUGCGAGGCCAGACUGGCUUUCCAAAGGCAGACACAAAACUCCAUCCAGGCGCUUAAUGGCAAACUGGCAGACAUCACCAAGAAAGUACAGCAAGUGGAAAGGAUGCUGUCUAACAAGUGAUAGUUCCUUUGGUGAACUGGACACCUAUUUCAAAUCCCAGUGAAGCUACUGCAUGGUAUGGACCAAACUGGCCUCCAGCACACCGACCUCCAGAACCUCCAGAACCUCAACACACCUGGAACAUAACCCACACAGAUGGUGCUUAUCGACUUAUUAUUACAUUUGUUUUUCCUUUGGUCAAUGGAUUGUAACCUAUAAUGCCGCAAAAUAAAAAGUAUUAUAAAGAAAAACAAAACACUGACAUGAUUACAAACUGCGUAGGGCAAAAGUUUGUGCGCCUCUCAAGGUUUCUAGGCAAUAAAACGCACUUCUAUUUAUUUAAUCUCAAUCUAAAAAGUUAAGACAAAAGAAGUUAAUACAAUCCUAUGGUGAGGAAAACAGAUAUCAGAGAAAGGAAGAUACAAACUUUUGCUCUAUCAAUUUUUUUUAUUAUGAUCUUAAAAACAAUUUUACACAUGAAAGCAUUUUUAAUAUUUGUGAUAAGGACGCUUUACAUUAGACGCCUUUUAGAUUUCCAUUUUUUAGGGUGUGCAAACUUUUGCCUGCAUCGUAUCUUGCAUGAUGGAAAAAUGCUUUUGUGAUAGAUUAGGUUUCAUUUUUCGGAAUAUGAUAUGUAAUGUAUGUAUUUACAUUUUUAGCUUAUUUUCUGUUAAGCAGGUAGUAUUUAGUGAUGCACCUUUUACAUGUUUAUUAUAUUUAUAGACAUCAUUUGAACUGUAAUUUGAGCAUGACUAUAAUGAAUAAACAUUAUGCAAGAAAAUAAAGCAACAGAUCUGUUUUCAAAUCA